AUGACUGCGUCUGCUAGUGCAAACGAAGGACCCUUAUCAUUCGAAGAAGUCUUCGAUUUGGUGAAGCGUAACGAGCAAGCACAUUACGAUUUGGUUUAUCGAACAUUGUUAGCAAAAUCUGAGUAUCUGACUAGUAUUCCAAAUUACGACGGUUAUUCAAUUCUUCACUAUCUCGUUAUACAUGGUGCUUUGAACCUGUUUAAUCAAGUGAUAGCUAUUCCAAACAUACGUUUUAUUCUUCUAACAAAAUCAGCAUCAAAACCUAAUAAAGAUGUCCUACAACUCGCGAACGAAAAUCGAUUGAAAUCCAGUAACCAUAGAAAACUUUUCCAAAUUAUUGAUCGCCUCGUUCAAAUGGACAAGUUUGCCGAAUAUGGUAAAAAUAAUCAAAUAAACGAAUGUAAAAAAAUGCUAGAACUAGAUCGGCAACUAGUGAACGAAAAACCACCUUAUCGAAGGUACUAUCUAAUUCAUCAUCUAGCCUAUGCGAACAAUAGACAAGCAUUCGAUGAACUCUGUCAAAUUUGUCAAUUUGAUAUGACACUACUGACCAGCGAUAUGAAUACCGCAUCCGAAGUGGCAUUCGAACGAAAUCAUCGAGAUUUUGCUCGCUAUCUCGAAACAUUAUCGCCACAAAUGCGUGCCAUACGUGAACAGCAUCAAAAAGACAAACAAAAAGGAAAAGUAUCUAGUAAAACCACCGCGGAACCUGCUGAAAACGAUCCUGGAUUGGAAAAACAGAUUGUCAGUACUGGUGGGAAUAACAUGUUAGAUUGUUUUACAUGCCCAUUGACGAAAGAAAUCUUUCGUGAUCCAGUUGUAUUAAGUGAUGGAUUCACUUACGAAAGAACCGCCAUACAACAAUGGCUGGAUUUAGGGAAUCGUCGAUCACCUAUGACAAACAUCGAGUUAACUAAUGUAGAAUUGGUACCUAACACAGUAUUGAAACACUUAUUGAAUGACAUUGCAGAGAAGCAGAAAAAAUAA